AUGGAGACGGCCUUGAGUGGGGACCACAUUCUUGCCAGCACACGGGAGAAGGUUCGUGCCCUGCUGGGAGAUGACGAAGUGAUCGCACUUUUCACCGAGGUGGAGCGGUCUCUUGGGGCAAGUCCCAACUGGAGGAAGGUGCAGUUUACCUUUUUCGAAAUUCUUGCGGAUGUGGCUGGUGACCCACCAGAGGAGAUCAAAGGCCGGCUGACGAAAGCAUGCCAAUUUCUGUUUGAAGAGGCAAGCCCGAAUGGAAGUGAGCAUCUCUCGGGUGUUCUGGGGGCCGGCAACCUUCAGGUUGGGGUUGAUCCUCGAUCUGGGGAAGGCCGGCUUCUGGAGACCUACAAGGGGAUUGAGAUCCGGGCUGCUGACAUGGAAUGGAGGAAGGAUCAAGGUGUGUAUGUUGGACCACCGCACAAAAAUCAUGGCAUGACCAUCUACCACCGAGACUUUGUUAGUCAGCUGGACAAAGAGAAGGUACGAAAGUGGCUAGUGGAUGAGUUCCGGUUGACCCCAGGGCCCUGCUUCUCUCAUGCAGCCUGGUGUCAAAUGCUACGUCGAGGGGCAGGGGAGAAGCUGUCGCUGAGUCUCACUGGGGUGAUUUUGAAGCAGCUGAUCUUAGAUCGCCCCGGAGGAGUGGGAAAUCUUGCCAGAUCACUCCCAUGCUGUGCUCUGGAGAAUUUUCAGCGUAACACAGCUGAGCUCCUGCCUCUUCCACUUCCUGAAUUUUCAGAUGAUGAAAAAGCCAUAGAAGAAGCGGUGAGGGCCAAGCUGCGUGGUACGGAGGAGUUGGGACUGGAUGCCUGGGAGGCGAUGAAGUCGCAGGCCAAGAGGCUCGGUCAGAAAACUUGGCAAUGGCUGCAAAUCUUGGUGAUGAACUAUUUGUACUGUCAAGGUGUGGGCAACCGAAUGUUGACAGAAGGAAUGCUGCAUGCGAAGAAGCCGACAAAAGCACAGGAGAUGUCUCUCGAAAGAAUCCGAAGGAUUAGCCUUAAGUGGCUGGAGAAUGAUCAAGAGGAUGCAGUGAUGGCUGAGUCUUGGGAACGCCUUGCUGAGUCACUCGGUGACAUGUACACGGGGCCUAGCCUAGGAAAGUCCUUUCCUUUGACACUGGCGGCGAUUCUACCUACUACUCCACGUCAAGGUGAAGCUGCAAGAAUACCCCUGGCGGAGGUCGUGAGUGCACAGGUCAAGCCCUAUGUGGACGACCCCGGCUUGUUGCGGAUUCCUGAUGAAGAGCUGGUGGCACCCAGGACUUCGGCCAAGGUACAAGUUACCUCCCAAGAAGAGUGGGACAAAAUUGUGGAACGCUUGGUAGACUCAGGUAUGCUCGAGAGAGAGGUUGAAGCAGAGACACUCGUUUACAAGGGUGAGCCGGUGCGAAAUGGGGCAUUUGGUGUUCACAAGGCCUGGGUGCUUCAGGAAGAUGGGUCUUGGUUCCGGACACUUCGCCUCAUCAUAAACAUGAUACCGGGGAAUUCGUUCCAGAGAAGGAUGCCUGAAAGGGCGUCGGAGCGCAUGGGCUACGCACCGCUGUGGGGCAACCUUCUGAUGCAUGAAGAUGAGAUUAUCCUCUGUUGCGCGGAGGAUCAAAGGCAUUGCUUCCACAUAUACCGACCAGGGUAUGCGUGGAGGAGCUUCUUCAGCCUCAACAGACGUGCUGCUGGCAAGAGCUUCAAAGAUGGAGUGUCAGAACCUGGCUUCCCUCGGGUCAAGUCGGCGCCCAUGGGGUGGAACAAUGUGGUUGACUUCAUUCAAGAUGGCUUCGAAAACAUGGCAAAGGAGGCAGGGCUAGCAGCGGCCCAGAUGAUUCGCAUGGGAGAACCCAGCCCUAUGAAGCCGCUUGAGACACCGAGGAGUUUUUACUCCUUCUAUGUGGACAACUUUGAUGAGUUGCAAGUGGUUUGGCGCACUGAUCGUGGACUUUAUGAAGGGAAGCCAUCGGACAGCCAGCUGAAGCUACGAAGAAAGAUGGAAGAGUUGAGUGUUGGCAGAGACCCCAAGAAAGCGGCAGAAGGUGAAAUCUCAUGGAAAAGCUUGGGUGCAGAGGUGGAUGGCGAUCUGGGAUGGGUUGGCAGUGCUCUGAGCUUCCGAUGUGCGCUGGCCUCAGCAAACCUUGGGCUGAUGGGCGGGGAGUUGGUCCGUACUGACUCUCCCAACCUUCAGUCUGUGGUUUCCAAGAACAUGCACUCGGUCCAGUACUGCCGCCCGCUAUCCUGCCUGAUGGAUCACCUCUACGUUGACCUCAAUGCCACGAUCCCACGCCAGCUGAGUGAGGACUCAAGAGAUGAGCUAUUGUUGCUUACAUGCGCAUUACCACUGCAUUGGCAAGAUAUAAAGAUGAAAGUCAGUGGCCAAGUCUAUGCCACAGAUGCAAGUCCGGAUGGUGGUGGUGCCUGUUCCUCAAUCGGCCUUAGCCCAUGGGGCAGUGCUCGACUUCAGAGCCUGUCACAUGAAGUUGACGGCAUAGAGGGAAGCGCUACCGAAAAAGCUGUGGUCAUUGAAGUCUUUGCCGGCAUGGGAGGUUUGAAGCAGGCUUUGGACUUGCUGGGCUUCGAACCAAUGGGGGUCAUCGCGAUUGACAGUUCUCCCGAGUGUGCCAAGGUGUACAAGCAACAUUGUCGGCACUGCAUCUGGUACAAGGAUGUGCAGAGUAUCACAGAAAAGGACGUGCUUCAAUGGAGGGAGAAAUUCUCAAAGGCCACUAUGGUGAUCCUUGGGGGCGGUUGGCCUUGCGUGAAUCACUCUCAGCUCAAUGUGAACCGGCAAGGAGCGUCUGGGGCAACUAGCCUGCUGCUGGACGCUAUGCUGAAGAUUCGAGGAUGGUUGGAGACAAGUUCAACAAAAGUGGGUCUCCCAGCAUGGCGUCUGGUGGAAAUGUAUGAGAAUGUGGUCAUGGAUGAUGAGGAUUACCGGACGCAGACCCGAAAAAUCGGGUAUAGUGCUCACUAUGUGGAAGCAGCACAAGUGGGGCGUUGCAGACGGCCUCGCCUGUACUGGGUGAAAGGUGUCGACAUCCUUCAGGGAGCUGACUUGACAGUGACACGGGGCACCUCUCUUCGGGAUCAUGACUAUCUGGUGAAAAAGGUGACGGUAGAUACAGAAAGACCUCCACUGUCCUGGUAUUUGUCACCAGGGGGAGACAAGAUGGAAGAACCAGAGGAACCUUUCGCCACGUUCACGAGACCCAUUCCUCGUCAACAGCCUCCUCCAGAACCUGCGGGCCUGGACAAAGCUAGUGAAAAGGCUUUGAGGCGUUGGCGGGGUGACUCAUUCCGUCUCGCCCCCUAUCAAUAUGAACCGCGAAACUUGGUGGUAGAUGCAAAUGGUCCUAGGCGUCCUACACCUGAGGAACAGCUGAGGAUGCUUGGGUUUGCGUCCAAUCACCUCAACACCAAGGCGCGUCUUUCUGUUGACGCAAAAGGGCACUUGGUAGGCAAUAGCUUUUCAGCUGUUGUUGUGGCCCGCCUCUUGGCUGGGCUAGUGCUCAAAGAGGAUCAAUGUCAAGGCAAGGAUUUGACCCUAGCCAUUUGGCACGUAUGGAAGGCUAUGGAGGACAAGGCCCAGCAGGAGGACAAGCCGUGGAAAGUACGGUUUGCCAGCGUGGCCGCGGGGGUGUCGGGGGUGGUGAGCCUGGCUAGCCAGGUCUUGCCAUCUGCCGCUUUGCCCUUGCGGCCAUGGGUGGACCCGCAAGAAUGGCUCAACGAUGAGGAGAUGCUGGCCUACCUCCUGGCACGUGCUGGGACUCAUCGCGGUGGCGAGAUCCGCGUGGACUUGGGCAUGCCAUACUCCGUUGGCGAAUUGUGCCGCCAAAGUAUUGAUCCUGGUCACUGGCUGUGGAAAGUCCUGCUGUCAUACCAGUGGAAGCAAAAGGAUCAACACAUCAAUGUGCUAGAGCUCGUGGCGGUUUUGGACUUGCUCCGCCGCUUGGGACGAGAUGGGAAGUUUCACUCAAAGCGAAUGGUCACAUUGGUCGACAACCAAGUUGCCGUGAGUUGCAUCACCAAAGGUCGCAGUUCAGCUCGUGCUCUCCAAGGUCCUCUACGGCGCAUCAGUGCAGUGUGCCUGGCAGGCCAUUUUCGACUUUGCCUAGGGUGGAUCAAAAGCAAGUGGAAUCCGGCGGAUGGCCCAUCGCGUUGGGCCAAAAAGAGACAAGGAUCUCAUGCCUAG